UGUUUCUUAGUGUCCAGCAAUGGAAAGUUUCGAAAAUAAAAUUCUUCCAGUGCACUCUUCCCAAGUCGUUGAAGAUUUGACAACAGCCAUCAAAAACAACGAUGUUGACUAUUUCACAAAGCUUUUUUCGAAGUCCUUAAAUAGAGAAAAAAACGAAGCCGGUUUUACCUUACUUCAGGAGGCUAUACGACACAAUCGGAGAGAUCUAUUCGAUUAUUUAUUAUUACAACUACAAGAUAAGGAUGAUCUGGAGAUUCGCAACACCUCCGGGGAAACAGCACUAAAAUACGCCAUUAAUCAUUUCCGUGAAGAAAAUGACUAUUUCUCCUUGGUAUUGAUCGAAAAAGGGGCUUCCUUAGAGGUGGACGACUGGUCAACUGCUUACCUGGAUCGAUUGGUUCACGCUUCUUCAAGAUUAACGAAACUUUCAUUAUUAGAAAAAGGGAUUAAUGUAAACAUCAAAGACGAAUGCGGCACUACUCCAUUACUGGACUCACUUCUUAAUCCUAGAACACACCACAACGAUGAAAUUAUAGCUACUUUUUUAUGUUUUGGGGCUGAUCUAUUCGAUACAUUUGGAUACAACGCAUUUGAACUUGCUGUGGAAUAUAAACAAACUGAUUUCGUCCAAGAACUUUUGUUUUUGUACACGUUUGAUGUACAUUUACCUUGUGACAUCAUGUUUGAGACUUUGUUAAUACUUGCAAAGCAGAAAUCGCCGCUAUUCAACAAAAUUCUUGAACACGAUGUGGAAUUUAUGUUUGCAAGGGAAAUGACAAAGACGGAUUUUGCUGAGCUCUUGUAUAUCCUACUCGACCCUGAAGAUAAAUACUUUGAAUUAGUUCUGGAUAAAUGCGAUCCAAUGGCAGAGCUGUUCAGUACUUCAAGUUUUUCACAUCUCACCACUGAGUACACUCAGGUCAUUUUUUCCAAAUCUGACACUGACAGUGCGGGAGUUUUGCAAACGGAUAUUAGUAUUAUUAAUAAGUGA